UUCCAGGAAGAAGAAGAAGAAGAAGAAGAGCAGCUGAAGCUAAUCUAGAGAGAGAUAGUGGUAGAAGAGCAAGUUUGCGUGUAUUCUCUCUGCGAAGUGAAGUAUUGGAGGGUUUUGUUGCUGAAGAGAAGAGAUGGCAACCCUGGGGAGGACCGUGGCCGGGCCACUGCUGUUCCUUAACUUCGUCAUGUACCUCAUCGUGAUCGGGUUCGCGAGCUGGUGCCUCAACCGCGUCAUCAACGGCCAGACCAAUCAUCCCAGUUUUGGAGGCAACGGGGCGACCAUGUUCUUCCUUAUCUUUGCGCUGCUGGCGGGGGUGAUCGGGGUGGUAUCGAAGUUGGCAGGGGCCAGCCAUGUAAGGGCGUGGAGGAAUGAUAGCUUGGCAGCAGCUGGGUCCUCUGCUCUCGUUGCAUGGGCCAUCACUGCUCUUGCCUUUGGGUUGGCAUGCAAGGAGAUACACAUAGGAGGGUGGAGAGGUUGGAGACUUCGGGUGUUGGAGGCCUUCAUCAUAAUCCUGACCUUCACCCAACUUCUCUACAUCCUCUUGCUCCACGCCGGCCUCUUCAGCAGCCGCUACGGUCCUGGCUACAGGGAUCCCGACUAUACUACCGGGGUGCCCGGGGAUCCCGUGUCCAAGGGAACGACCGCCGCACCUAGAGUCUAAAUAGCACUUUGCAUAAUCAUCCUGUUUCCCGCUAUUAUGCAGUUGUAAUUUUUGUGUUUAUCGCGUUUUCACGAUGUACGAGGAUCUUCUUGGUAUGUGGUUGGUAUAUGUCCUUGUCGUACUGUGUAUGAAUGUUGGAUAUUCGUUGCGUGUAAGUUUUAUUUUGUGCUCCUGUUUUGGGCCUCUGAUUGUUCCUGGCGGACUCUUGCACUGACGCUGUUUAAAAACUUCUUAGUAUUUUUUUUCCCCUUUUGGUAUUGUUUCAAGUUGAGUAUGAAAAUGUUCUUAAUUUUGUUAAUUUAAAAGAUUUGUUCUUGCUGCA